AUGACAACAGAAAGCAGGCAACGUCGAUUUAUUAGCGCCAGAUGUGGAGGAAAAACCUACAACCCGACAUUUCGUAUGUGCUGUGGUGGUACAAUAAAGUCAGGUCGGGAAUACGACUCGCGUGUUGCGGGACUCAAGCUUACGAUUCUAAUUUCAGGAUCUGCUGUGGUGGCACUGUACAAGUCAGGUCGGGAAUAAAACCCGCGUGUUGCGGGACCCAAGCUUACGAUGGAAAUUUCAGGAUCUGCUGUGGUGGCACUGUACAAUUUAGGUCGGGAAUAAGACCCGCGUGUUGCGGGACCCAAGCUUACGAUGGAAAUUUCGAAUCUGCUGUGGUGGCACUGUACAAUUUAGGUCGGGAAUAA